UUUAUUAUUACAAUUAUUUAUUUUUGUAUUAAUAUUUAUUUUUGGUAUUUUAUUGUUAUGAAUAUUUUUUUUAAUAUGUCUAUAUAUUUUAUUUAUUUUUCAUGCAUUUGUUUUCAUAUUUUUAUUUAAUAAUUUAUUUCUGUAUAUUUUAUUUCCCCAUAGGCAUAGACAGGCCAAACAAUUUUCUUUAUGUGUGCUAUAAUAAUAACGACAUUUCCUUUUUUUUUUUUUCCAAAAACAAAUGUAUGUUUUUUUGCAUACUGGUACUGGAAUUUUACCCCCUAGUUCUUUCGUGUUGCAGACAGUAAUUGAUGUUUUGUGACUUUUCCCCCUUUCUUCAUUGUUUUAGUUUAAUGAUGGACACAAUAGGAAUGGUUAUUGAAGUCAGUGGGCUCCCAGACAUUGAACCAAACAAUAGCAUGAUUGACAGAAUAACCAUGCACUUUCUGAGGCGCAGUAACAAGGGUGGAGAUGUUUUAACAGUGAUUUAUCCCACUUCCACCGAAGGCCAGGCUUAUGUAGUAUUUGAAUCGGCAGAAGUACCUGGAGUUUUGGAACAUAGUCAUCUUUUGGAAGUGGAAAGUCGGUUUUACCCACUGGAAGUUAAAAGAGUGUACCAGCCUCAGCUGGACAUGUCAGUUGAAGCAUUCCUCAAUGCAAAUCUGUUCUCCAGUCAGAGAGAAAUCCUAAAUCUUCUUGAUAGCCAUGGCUUUAAGGUGUCAGAGACCAGAUCAGGGCAGCUGCAUUUGCAGGGCUCCUUUUUAAAGCUAAAACUCAUCCACUCCAAACUCAUGCAGCUUCUGGCUCAAGAAACCCAUCUUCAGAGAACAACACCUUCCCCUUACACUAAUGGCUACUCUAAAGGCCCGGUAUCCAAAUAUUGCCCCAAUGACUAUGAAUCCAUAUCUAAAUACACACUGAGGUACAACCAGACCAAUGGCAACUCAGUGUAUGUUGGGGCCAGUAGCCCAUCUACAGCAAUAACCUCAAGAUCCCCAGAGUUCCCAAGCAGUCUGCCAAGCUUCCGGAUGGUCUCUCCACCGGCUGGAAGCUCAAGCUUUGGAGGUUCCUGUAGCAGUCCUUCCAGAUUCUAUGAUGAUUCCAACACAAGCUCAGAGACCCCUUCUCCCAGGCAAACCGAGGUUUCCUUCCCUGUUGAACCAGAUGUGUUUAAAUACACAAUGCGCUUUGAAAAAGAGUUUAUUAAAAAAAUGGAAUUGGAUUAUAGCACUCAUAUUAAUCAUGAGGAUAAUUCAGGAGUUUUUACUGUUAAAAUUUUGGGAGGGGCCUUUGAGGAAGCAGCUAAAAAACUGUCUUACUUCAUGCAGGACAUCACCUCAUCGCUACGAACACAAGAAAUAGACCUGAAUAAACUUAGCGACAGUCAGCAGAGACUAAUUGCUCAUAACAUUUACAUGUUCAAAGACAUCUACAAAGUUUUGAUUUGGCAGGAAGGGCAUGUUAUUAAAGUGGUGGGAUCAUCGAAAGAUAGCUAUGAAGUGAAGCAAAGGCUUCUUGGAUGUGAGGUUGACAAUCCUGUGCCAAGCCAGUUGGUGAGGAGCUCGCAUUUGCGAAGCAGCAACUCUUUGCCAAGACAAACAACAAGGACUAGAAUGGAGGACGAUAGACUAAAUCCUGACAUUGUGCUUCAAGCUACUACUUUUAGUAGCACCUCUCCCUCACAUUACCUGAGAGACUCUCAGUCUGGGCAAGACUUACAACAGGAUAGAGGUCGUCAGCCCUCUAAACCCACUGCUGAACGCAGCAGACCACGUAGCACCUCUGAGUCCAGACAUAAAAAUAAAAAAACAGUAGACCGAUCUCUCCCAAAUGAUGAUCAGCAGGAUUUGACAACCCCUAGUGGAGUUAAGACAUCUAAACAAAAUCCAGCACCUAAAGGUUUUUCUUAUUUUCAGAUCCCUGGUGAUAUAAAAUCCAAAUUUCGCAAAAAUCAAAAGUCACAAAUUUCCAACGUAUGAAAUGACUGAAUCCAGUAAAUCUAUAAUUCAUAAUUUGACACAUCACCAUCAAUAUCUCCUUUAUUGUUAAACACACUUAUAAUUUGGUUUUGCAGCUUUUUUAGAACAACAUUUGUCAGACACCUUAUAAUAUUUGUGCUUGACUCUACUGUACAUUAAGAGAAGUACGAGCCUGAUCUAUAUUGACGAUUUUAUAAUCACAUCUAUUAUUUAAAUAGUACACGUUUAUAAGCACUUUGCAAUAAUUUCUGUGAUUGUUUUACAGUUAUUGUAUCAUAUGUAUAAAUCAGUAAAUCCAAAUGCGUGGUGCGAGAGUUUUUGUAUAACGUAUAAUGUGCAUGUAAGGGCAGCCGGGGGAGUUACUGGUGCCCCCUAGGGUAAGAUGGUGCCCUCCUAGGGAGUUGGUGCCCUACUCAGACUGCGUAAUAUGCGUAUAGGGAGCGGCGGUACUGCCUUCAUUGUUGAUUUGUAAAGACUCUCUCAUUACCAUGGAGACAGGACUCAAUGAGGAAGUGCCUUUUUAUGCAUAGAACAGGAAGUGAGGCAGGCCCUGUGGUUAACUUAGGGCUGAGCAUCUCCCUGUGUAAAAACGAAUGAAACGAGCUUAGGUCGACAUGUUUAAACGUUAGAAUGAGAUAAAUACAUUGAUGUGUAGAGUGCAAUUGUUUGUUUGUUUUUUUUUUCUUUAUGAUCUGACACUUAACUGAUUUGUGUUAACUGAGAAUAUGUAAUUUCCAAUAUUUCUGUAACAUACAGCUUUUUUAAUGUAGUGGAAUCCUGUAAAAAUAUAUAUAUAUAUGUUUUUACCUGUGGUUUGAUUUCGUCACUGUGAUUCAUCUUUUACCUUAAAACAUUUUCAGCAAUUUUGAAUGAUUAUUUUUAGGCAUUAUUCAAUGUGGACAACUUGGGACUCAAAUUGCUUUUCAUUGCUCAGAACAGAAAACUAAUGUAAUCAAACACAACUAUGCAAAACAAAAGGGCAACACUACAAUAAAAUUAAAAACACUGCAAACAUGAACUAAACAACCAACUGCAACUGACACAAACUAACAAUAAAAUAUAACUAUUUAACUUCUGGCAAAAGCUACAUUCUACAGUUUUUUUCAGAUCUUUGCUUGAUAAACUUAACAUUUUCACAUUUGAUUACAGUAGUAGUCUCUUUUAUUCAAAGUGACUUACUAGUGAGGAAUACUACAGUCCAAGAGAUCAUAAAGAAAAAAGCAUUGUAUGUGUUGCAAAGUUCCAAAAAUACACAAGAUCUACUGAUUUUCCAGCCAUAUAAUUUCAAAACCCACACCCUUUAAUUACAGGUGGUGAAAUUCACAGCUUUAGUCCCCACUCACAUCUCUAUCUAAUGCGUUUUAGUCAUCUGAUAAUUAGAGCUGGGUAUCGAUACAGAUUUCCCAAUUAGAUUUCUAUUCAUUUGGGUAUAUUUCAGAUAUCUCCGAGCUAAUGCUGAGAAUUAUACAGGGGACCUUCUUACUAGGUACAAUAUGAAAAUAUUAAUUUUACUAAUUGUAUUUUAAUAGUUUUUCAUCAUUUUGGUCACAUUUUAGCUUUUAAAAAAUUGAACAAAUCAAUGCAUUUAAUCAAUAAAUAUUAUAUUGAAUAUAAUACAUUUUGUUACAUUUUUAUUUUUUAACUGCAUAAUCAGAUAUUUACAUUGAUUUGUUGAGCACGUGCUAAAAACCGGUACUGUCUCUUUAAAGAAAUUCAGCAUUUCUGUAAACAGCGUCUUUAAAUGAGCGCAUGUUAACGAGAGCGACUCGAAUGGCUUUAUCUUGUCCAUGCUAUGCCUGAUUACAGUUAAAUGUUUAUUACUGACAGUAAAGAACAGAAAGAGUAAAGAAACAUUAUUCAAUGACAAAUGGGUUGCGUGGAUCUUGUCUUUGGACACACAUUACAUGGAACAACUUUUACUCUCAAGAUGCGUUGAAAGUAUCUCGCUAUACUACUAUACUGCACAGUCACUGUUGAGGGAAAUCUGAAAAUUGACCAGCCAAUUACCAAAUAAUUUUUUUUUAGCCGCAUAGAGCGAAAUUUGGUUACAAAUGCGAAUGAUUUCCUCUCAUAUUAGGGGAGGGUUGCGCAUACAGUAAAAGAUAGAUCCACGGCUUUUGAGAAUCUAUAUAGUAUCGACUAAAUUUGACAAAAAACAAUUAAUUGAAAAUCAAUUAAUGUAAUAUUUUUUUGCCCAGCCCUACAAAUAACUCAUGUCACAGUACCUGGUUUGGGAGAACAUAGGGUCUGUAUUAGUUAUGUCCUGUGAAAUCUGACUCAUUGCAGCUCAUUCUUUGAUUUUCACAAGCUGAUUUCCACACUGUUGUAAUUGCAUAAACAUAAUCUUAUCCAAUGUGUUGCUCAGCGUCAUCUUAAGUAUUUUUACUUGUUGUCCCUAUCCAUGUAGAAUA